UAUGAUCUUAUAAAAGUUUGAUACUAGCAAAAAAAUGCAAAAUCUCAAAAUUACAAUAGAUCUUCCCCAUAUCAAGCCAAUCAAAAAGAAAUCAGAUGAAAAGUUAUAUCACGAAAAGGAGUAUCAAGAUCAAAGUUCUGUCUCGAAUCUACAAAAUGAUGAUCAAUUUCUGUCUCGAAAGUCGCCCUCUUCAAUGAACAACAAGUUGUCCAAUGUUGAAGUGUAUUAUGGAAAUGCACCAUUGGCUGUUCCAUUUAAGUGGGAAUCUCAACCAGGAACACCAAAAGUCAAGAUUAUUGAAAGUCCACUUCCUCCUCUUACUCCUCCACCAUCAUUUCUUGAGAAAAAGAUGAAAAAUGCCAUAAAAAAGCAAACAAAGGGUAAAUUUUUACAAAGACUUUUUUUCUUUCCCAAAUUAACUAUCUUGAGAAAAAGUCAACUACAACCGUCUCCAACUAGUUCUUCAUCAUCGUCAUCAUUGUCAUCAUCGUCAUUUUCUUCACCGCCUAGGUGUUGGUCAUAUUCUGUUCCUGCAUCUCCGUGCAAAGUCAAAUCUAAUUUCUAAAGUUAGUGAGUUCAAAAUACGUUCAUCUUAUUAUAUGUAUACAAAUCAAGUUAUAUGUAUACAUUGUUUUGAUUCAA